AUGACGUCGGCAGGAUUUGGUUUCGGCACUGGAUCCAAUAAUUCACAACCUCCUGGAUCUGGUUUCGGCUUCGGCUCCCUUAAUAAUGCUUCACAGCCUGCUACAACCCAGUCCCAAGAUACCACUAAUACUAAACCAAUAUGGUCUAUUAGUUCUUCCGGGACUUCAGAUCCGUUUAAACAGACAGGAAGCAGUUUGUUUGGAAACGCUUCUUCUCCCCAAGCAUUUGGGUUUUCUCAGUCAACGGCUCAACAGCCAUCCACAGGAUUCGCACUUGGAAAUAAAACUUCUACAACUACUACUACAACGGGCGAUCAAGCUACCUCCUUCCCAGCAUUUGGAGGUUUUGGCGCUAGUGGCACUCCAAGCACUUCGACGUCUCUGUUUGGUGCCAAUUCUAAUUUUGUUGGUUUUAAAGCACCGAAUUCCGAUUCCAGUAAAGCUCCAGUAACAACUGCUCCAAUAACUACCUCUACUGGAUUUACUUUAGGUUCUAGUAAAACUGAACCUUCAUCCAAUUUUGGCUUAUUUGGAAGCGCGAAAACCCAAUCCGGAUUUGGAUUUGGAGGUACGCAAACGACUGCUGCUUCGAGUAAUUUGGGAUUUGGAAGUACUCCAUCCACUACUGCUUCAAGUGGUUUUACAUUACCCGGUUCAAGUCAACCUACUCAAGAUGCUAACAAGAAGGAGGGCACCGCAUUUGGUGCUACGUCAAAUCCUAAUUUUAGUGGCUUUAAUUUAGCGAUCGGAUUUAACACCACAACCACGGCGAGUGGAUCAAGCCUCUUUCCAAAGUUGGGUUCUUCGUUGAUUCCAUCUACCAAACCGAAUUUGUUUUCGCCGUCUGUUUCAACUCCUACUGUUCCUAGUGUUGGGGGACUAUUUAAGGAUACAACUGCAACCGCAACUGGUGCUUCGUUACUUCCUUCUGCAGCUUCAACAUCAAAACCUUUACCCACUUUUACAAAACCACAACUACAACAACCGGUUCAAGUAACUUCCUCUGCAGCAGGGAGCUCUGCAUCAAUAAUCUCCACUACACAAGCUUCAACAUCAUCGUCAUUAUCAUUUUCGACUCCAAGUCUCUUGCUGCCUAAGACAAGUACUACUACGCAACCCAAGACAACUGUGCCAAUAAUUACGGCAACAUUACCAACACCUGCAACUUCUACCGCAUCUAUUGUGAAACCAGUUUUGUCGUCAACUACAACAACAACUGCCACAACUAGUGCAUCUGAUCAAAUACCAUCUUGGUUAAAAAAUAAUAAUAUUGAAGGCAUAAUUAAAAAAUGGACAACAGACUUGGAUAAUUGUACCAAAAAGUUUCACAAUCAAGUUAGAGAAGUUAAUCAAUGGGAUCAAAAAAUUAUUGAGAAUAACGGCAGAGUAACCAGACUUGCUGAACAACUAAAUAAAGCAGACUCACUUCAAGCAGAGAUUAACACUUGCUUAAAUGGUGUUGAGGCUCGUCAGCAAGAACUUGAAAGAGUUUUGACAGAGUAUGAAGAAAAAUUUGGUGACCCUAGUUUGGAGGCAAUGAACCCAUUAGAUAAAGAAAGAGAAAAAACUUACGAAUUAGCUGAAUCUAUUAAUCAAGAGCUUGAUAAUAUGAGUCAGAUUUUGUCUGCCAUGAUUACCGAUAUGAACCUUGUUAAAAUCCUUAAUUCGCAUUUGACAUCUCUGCAAUGGAUUGACGCGACAGCCAACCAACUUAAUGCACGUGUUCAAGAAGCUCAAUCCUUCCUAGAUCACGCAUCAAGUAAAACACAAGAAAUAGGAUUGGAUCGAUCCUGA